GUAAGGAAUUGCUUUAAACGUAUAUUGGGGUUGCAAAUUUUCGUCCAACACCCGUAUACUUUUCUGUGUGAUAUCAAGUUUUGUGAUAAAUUGAUAAACAAUUUCUAUGAAAUAUGACGAACAAUAUUAUUGUUACUGGAUUUGGACCUUUCCGGAAUCAUAAUGUAAAUGCGAGUUGGGAGGCUGUAAAGUUGUUACCCGAUUCUUUCUAUGGUUUUAAUAUUAUCAAACAGGAAAUUCCCGUUACGUAUUAUCAUGUUGAAAAUUAUGUUCCAGAUUUAUGGAAUACAUUUAACCCUAUAUUCGUUUUUCAUGUUGGGGUUUCUUCAUUUACCAAUAAAUUUACCAUUGAAAAAUGCGCUUUUCGCAAAGGAUAUGACCAGUGCGAUAGUUCUGGAGCAACGCAUCCCACAAUGGAGGUGUGCUGUGAAGGAGACGAUUGUAUUUUAACAGGGAUUGAUGUAGAACAAAUAUGCAAUUCGCUCAAUAUUUGCCAACAGACAAAAGCGUGUAGCUCCACCAAUGCGGGAAGGUAUCUGUGUGAAUUUAUAUACUAUACUUCUUUAAAUAUAAAUAGAAAUAAAUCUUUAUUUGUUCAUGUCCCACCGCUUAAUGAACCAUAUACAGCGGAGCAGUUGGCAGAAGGUCUCCUAGAAAUUAUAAGAUGUGUUUUGGAACAACUGCAAUAUAAUUUUAUCCAAAUAAAUGAAGUUGAACAACAGUUUCAGUUUUAAUUGUUUAUUUCUUUUAAAGUUAAAAAUAAAUUAACUUUUUGAUGUACAUGUA